CCUCGAUAAUAUCAACAACAACAUCUUUUUUUAGUUUGUUUAAUCUGUUUUGUAUCUAAUCUUUAGUUUUCAACGUCCUACUAUUCUGCCAAUAAACACGAAACUAGAAUAGUUUAUAUCUUCCUUCAAGAAGGCGGUUUUUCCCGUUUCAUUUCAAAAUGAAGAGCCAGUUCGCUCUGUUCGCCACGCAAAACCUGUGGCACAUGUUCAAUUGGGGCAGUGGCGGGCACGGGUACGCGAUUCUGAUUCCGAACGUGUUCCUGGCCGGGUUGCUCUGUGUCUUGUUUCCCCUGGUUCUGACCGAGCUGUACGUCAAUGGCCUCGGGGCCGACACGACGGACGGGGCAACAGAAGGAGGUGAAGCCACGACUCUCUACUCCGUUUUCGACCGUGCCGACGCCGGUACGGGAGGUGGGUACGAAUCUUGGAGCGUUUCGAGCGAUCCGUCGGGGCCGUUCGCGACCUACAUGACGGUCUGUAUUUUCGCCUUCACCUCCUACCUUCCGGGCUUGUAUUACCUCGCGGCGAAUCUGUACUUCCACGUAUUUCAGGAGCGGUUUAAUGGUAUGCUCGACAUCGUGCAGAUCUACGGCGGGAAGAAGGAAAAUUACUGGGGGUCGAAAUUUUUCACCCACGGGCUUUUCUUCCUGCCGUUUCCAAUAAUCGGGUUUGUAACUGUGUCUUUCCUUCCCCAUAUCUAUUCGAACCACAGAGCCUACGCGGAACCGAUGAUCUUCACGCUGUUCGCCCAGGUGGUGUUCCCGGUGCUGUCGGUGUUAUUGUUUUCCGCGGUCUUGGGGUUGACGUACGGGAACAGUGCGGGAAAAGCGGAAGGGGCGAAAUCGCUCCUGACGAACACCGCUUUUCUCUCGGGUGUUGCGUUCCUAAUGACGGAUCUGCUGCUGUCCUCACCGAAUUCCUUCAGUGCCUACAUAGCCGAAUUCACCUUCAACCGCGGGGCGGCGGACACGCGGACGUGUGAGGCAAUCGUGAGUCCGGUUGGUGCGUACUUCGGGGCGAUUCUCCAUUUCUUCUUCGGCAUCUUGCUCCCCGGCUACACGGGGGCGAAAAUGUGGAUCCAGAUGCAC